AUGAGGGAUGGCCCUGUUGACUGGCAAUCAACAAAGAACAGCGUCUUGGACAGAAACAGUCAUAUGUUCAACAAUUCUGACAUGAGUGAUAUCAGUUUUACUUGCAAAGAUUCAGACCAGACAUUUUACGCCCACAAGUACGUUCUUGCCACAAGUAGUGCUGUAUUUCAUGCGAUGUUUUAUGGUGAUUUAGCAGAGAAGAAUUCAGUUGUUCAUCUCAGUGAUACAGAUGAGAAAGGUCUGGAGGAAUUCUUGAGGUUCCUCUACACAGAUGAAUGUAAUUUGACAACAGACAAUGUUAUAUCAGUCAUGUAUCUUUCUAAGAAAUACCUCGUGCUCUCGCUUACAGAAUAUGUGAAAGCUCAGCUGGUAAGAGAUACGGAACCGGGCAAUGUAUUGGACAUUUUAGAACAGGCGAUUCAUUUUGAAGAGAAAGAUUUAGAAGCAAAAUGCUGGCAGGUUAUCGAGUGGCGCACAAGCGAGGUUGCCAGGUCGGCAAACUUUAUCAACAUCAAACAAACGACUCUUGCCAGUUUACUGAAGCGAAACAAUCUGACUAUACAAGAAGUUGAUCUUUUUCAAGCAGUGUUAAAAUGGACCAACUACCAAUGUUCUCAGAAAAGUUUAGAGUUGACGACAGAGAACAGAAGGUCUGUUAUCGGCGAGGCUGUGUACGACUUCAGAUUUAAUUCGAUGACGCAAGAAGAAUUCGCAAAGCAUGUUUCCAAGUCUGGUUUGCUUACUACCGAUGAAUUAGUCCCAAUUUAUGAAAAAUUCAACAAAGUCGAGUCUUCGCUAUUGAAGUGGAAACUGCCCGAGAGGGAAAAAGCGUUUAAAGCUACCAAUAAAAACAUUCGAAUAUCUAGAUUUUCCGCUUUCUCCAAGAACGAAUGGUCGACUUUCUGGCAAUAUUCAGUUGGUACCAGUUCCAGUGACGACGACUAUUGUUUAGAUUCACCUUCACCAUCGGAUCGGCAAAGUGAUAGAGAUUAUCUGUCUUUUUCUGUUGAUCAACACGCCUUAUUUCUCGGUGUGCGGUUGUUUGCAGCAUCACAGGUUGAUUAUGAGCACCGUGGAACUACGUAUAAGGUGAAUUUGACGGUCAAUGGCGUUAGUGCAAACCCUUCUACAAACACCUGGGCAAUCUCCACCACCUAUAAAUCCGACACAAAGGAACAUGGCAUUGCUGGUUUUGACGUGAUGUUAAAAUCCCCCAUUUUAGUGAGAGAAAACGAAGUAGUGAGAAUGGACGCCGGAAUAUUAGGUCCUCGUUCACAUUAUGGAUGGCGUGGAGAAACAACAGUUAAAGUGCGAGGGAUCACUGUAACAUUCCUUGAUCCCGAUAUUUGCACUUCACGUACUUGUGUAUCUCGAGGACAGUUCUAUCAGAUAAUACUCUCAGUUUAA